AUAAGCUAUAUUUUUUCCUAAGUUUUGGGACUGGUUUCAUUAGUAUUAUUCAACCUUCCUUUUGAUACAUAUUUAUUAUGGUGCACUUGCAUCGGAAUCUGCUAUGGAUAUAUGAUUAGUUUAUUACAAAGAGGGAACUCUCCUCCUUGAAUUUUUUGAGUGGUUGGAUUGUGUGUAUCUUGUGUCUCAGAAUCUCUAGUCUAGUGUGGUGGUUGGUGGUUUUAUAUCAAGUGGCGGCCCCAAUGGUUUAACUUACCAAAUUGGAUUGGGCCCAAAUUCAUGGCCCAACCAUCUUCCAAACUAUACUCCUACUCUAAUUGCAUCAUCUAAUUGGAAUAAAUGCAGAAAAUAAAAUUUACUUUUUGUUUCUAGUUAUAUUUGUCUUUACCUAUUGGCGGUUUAUUUGGAUGCUUAAUGUAAUAAAAACAUCUCUUAUAAGAAGUUAAUUUCUUCCUUUAUCGAUUAUCUUCAUGCUUUUAUAAUGUACUCCACUUUUUUAGUUGUAGGUGACCAUUCCGAGUUGUGACCGGUGGUAAGUGGGAUUAAAAUCUCACAUUUUCAUCAUGUGAAUUGCGAAACAUAUGGUUUUACCUUUAUUUUAUUCAAUCAUAUCGUAAUUAUGAACUAGAAUAAGACAGCGUCAAACAAAAUACUACUAAAAUUUUAAAUUUUUAAUAAAUAUAAACGCAACAAUUCAUCAAAUAACAAAUCAUUUUACCCCCAGUAAAUAUUUUACUACAAUGAUUUUACAUUUUUUGCAGUAAAAUUUCAAUUAGAUGAACUAUGAGAUGCAGAUUCCCAAUUCCCAUGUCACGAGAGGUGAGCUAUUAAGUCAAACAAUCCAAUCUAAUCCAAUCCCACCACCACCGCCUUCUCCGCCGCGUCGCCGCCAUGGACACCACCCCCGAUGACCCCCACCACGACUCCGCCGCCACGAAGCCCCUCCUCUCUAAACCAUAUCCCACUCUUGAACCACCCAUAGCUUCCAUCUCCGAAGCUGAAGAAGACCAAUCCCAAUUCCUUCAGAUCUCCUACAAUUACGGCCCUCGCCCCCUCAAAGAUCUCCCCUUUCUCAUCCUCUUCUCUCUCCUCCUCCUCUCCACCUUCGCCCUCGGAAUCUUCGCCUCCGUUAACCGAAACCCCCACCGCCACGACAUCUCCUAUUUUGCCUACGACGUAGCCUCCUCUUCCUGCGUCUCCGUCCAUGUCCGUAGCCCUAGGCCCUUUUCUUCAAAUUCGUCAAAAUCCAAUCUUUUCGAGGUCGGGGACAGCUCCAUUUCCCCGAAUUCGAAUCUUGUAGCUGAUUUUAUUUAUAUUUCAUCUCAUUUAGGCAGGUUUGAUUUGGUGAAUUUUGUGAAUUCUACUGAUUCGAGUGCGUGGGUGAGCUUGAUUUGGACUCUUGUAGUGACUCUAAUUGUGAGUGUGCCGUUUCUGUUCUUGGUGCUUUUGCUGCUCAAGCACUACACUAAGCAGAUAGUUUAUGCCUCGCUUCCCUUCUUCGUCAUUGUCCCUAUUUUCGUGAAUGUUUACUGGUUUGUUGCUUGCACCGUGAGCUCCACCUGCAGUGAGGCCUUCCCUUUGGCUUAUCGGAUUGUUGUCCUAAUUUUUGUGUUCUUGAUAAUUGGUGUGAUUGUGUGGAUAUUUGUGGUGAAUUGGCAUAGAAUUGAGCUGACAGUGAGAGUUAUCGGUGUGGCGUCUACUGCUUUGUUGAAGAAUUUGGGGUUGUUUGGGGCUCUUCCGGCUCUGACUUUGGGGCUGCUCGUGUGCUAUGUGCCGAUUGUUUUGUUUUUGGUGUUUUCCAGCUCGAAUGGUGAAAUUGUUCCGCGGGAAGAUCAUGGAGAGUAUGUUUGUGUGUGGAAACAGGAUAGCUGGGUGCCUGCUUAUUACACGUUGGCAAUCUUGACUAUGCUGUGGUCUGCCACCAUUAUGGUAGAAGCUCAAGUAUAUGUGAUCAGUGGGACUAUUGCACAGUGGUAUUUCUCCAAGGAUGACUCUCCGCCAAAGCAUGGGAUACGAAGCUCUUUGAGGAAUGCGUUUGGUCCCUCCUUUGGGACUAUAUGUUUCUCCGGUUUGCUCAUCUGUAUUGUCCGAAUGGUUCGUUCCAUUGUUGAUAAUGCAAGACAAGAAGAUGCAUCUGGGAUUGUCAAUCUUAUUCUGCGGUGUUGUGCGAAUGCCCUGUUGUCGGCAGUUGAUUUUCUGAACAAAUUCACCAUUAACUUUGCCGCCAUAACUGGUGAAGCAUACUGCAGUGCUGCGAGGAUGACUUAUGAGCUUCUCAAACGGAACCUUCUCUCAGCAGUGUUUGUCGAAACUGUUUCCACUCGAAUACUCUCUGGAAUUGUCCUCGUGUUAUCAGCAAUUUAUGCCAUACUGGUUUGUGUUCUUCUAAAAGCUGCAGUGCAUCUUGGCGAUGAUGCAUACUUCAUUGCUUUCAUUGCGUGGAUCUUGCUGAUGGUGGUCCUGGGGUUCUUCGUUCACGUGUUGGAUAAUGUUAUUGACACUGUGUAUGUAUGCUACGCCAUAGACAGGGAUCGGGGGGAGGUUUACAAACAAGACGUCCACGAGGUGUACGUUCACCUCCCAAUCAGUAGAAGUCAUAGGGCCGGUUUCGUUCCUAGAGCCACGAACGUGGUGUAAGUGGUCGAGUUAGUCGUCUCUCUGUUGUACAAUCUGUAAUUUUAUUUUGCUUGGAGGUAUACUUGCCAGUUUAAUGGCAAGUUGUGCAUAUCUGAGAUUCUACCUUGUAUUCAGCUUUAUUUAA